AUGCUAGUGGCUGCCGUGCUGGUGCUGGUCGUCGCCGCCGAGGGACUUCGCCGCCCCCCCCUCGGCCGCCAAUUCGCGGAGAAGACCCGGUGGGGGGUGGCGGCACGAACCGAUGAGGCCCUCUUCCUGACGCCUUACAUCCAGGCCGGCGAGCUGGAGAAAGGAAGAAACCUCAGCAAGGUGCGAGGUUUGGCCGGGACAGAUGUUGAGAGCUAUGCUGGCUACCUUACGGUCAAUGAAGAGUACAAUUCCAACAUGUUCUUCUGGUUUUUCCCUGCAAAGGAGAACCCGGCAGAGGCGCCCGUCGUGCUGUGGCUUCAGGGUGGUCCCGGCGGCAGCAGCAUGUUCGGGCUGUUGGUCGAGCAUGGUCCAUUCAGUUUGGACAAUGACCUGAAGCUGGUGCCUCGCGACCUCACCUGGGUCAACACGCACAACAUGCUCUAUAUUGACAAUCCUGUCGGCACUGGGUUCAGCUUUACCGAGGAUGACGCAGGCUACGCCACAAAUGAGGAAGAUGUCGGCAGAGACCUCCAUUCAGCACUCACCCAGUUCUUCACCCUUUUCGAGAGUUACCAGUCCAACGACUUCUACGUCACAGGGGAAUCAUACGGCGGCAAGUACGUCCCCGCAACCGCUUACAAGAUCCACAUGGAGAACCCGACUGCCGCUCUGAAAAUAAACCUCAAAGGCAUGGCGAUCGGGGACGGCCUGGUCGACCCCAUAAACCAGCUGUACUACGGCGAUAUACUGUACAACAUCGGUUUCAUCGACGACAAGCAGCUGGUGUACUUCCGGCAGCAAGCCGACGAGACGGCCAACCUGAUCGAGGAGGGCAAGCUCCUGGAGGCGUUCUACACGUGGGAUGCAAUGAUGAACGGCGCCACUACCCCUUAUCCAACCUACUACAAGAACGUCACCGGCUUCGACAACUACUACAACUACCUCUACCCGGUGGACGCGUACGAAGCCGUACCUUAUGACCAGUAUCUGAACCUACCGGCCACGCGAGAGGCCAUUCACGUGGGCGACCGGCCCUUCAACGACGGACAGGCGGUGCUGCACCACCUGCUGCAGGACAUGAUGAACUCGACGAAGCCGAUGGUCACCGCCAUCCUGGACGGCGGCUACCGCGUGAUGAUCUACAACGGCCAGCUGGACGUCAUCAUCGGCUACACGCUGACGGAGCAGUGGCUGGCCACGGCCAAAUGGCACGGGGCGGAGCAGUACAAGAACGCCGAGCGCUCCAUCUGGCGGGUAGACGACGAGAUCGCCGGAUACGUCCGUGUGGCAGACAACCUGUACGACGUCAUGGAGAACCCGGCAGAGGCGCCCGUCGUGCUGUGGCUUCAGGGUGGUCCCGGCGGCAGCAGCAUGUUCGGGCUGUUGGUCGAGCAUGGUCCCAUUCAAUGUGGACAAUGA